UUCUUUUUAGAGCCAGCCUGGUUUUUCAAGCAUUUUCCUCUUUCUACUUCUCCUCCUCCUCCUCCUUCCCCAUUCUCAAAGCAAAAGCCUCGGAUUUUGAGAAGGAAAAAGGAAGAGCAAGAUCGACCCAGAGAGAUACAGAGGCCGAGGCACAGAGAGGUAGUGGAGUUUUUUAAGGAAGGGAAAGCAGUGAAACCCUGGGUUGCUGCAAAGGGGGAAUAAUGGAGACCAGCGAGCAGCCGCUACCGCAGCCGCCGCCGUCGCUCCCGCCGCCGCACCCUCAGUCGCAGCCGCCGAGGCAGCAGCUGAGCCAGCACCUCUCCGGCAGCCUCAGCUUCAGCAGCCACCUCUCGACCGACGACGAGGACAUGUCGAGGUCUGCCCUGUCCACCUUCAGGGCCAAGGAGGAGGAGAUCGAGAAGAAGAAGCUGGAGGUCCGGGAGCGGGUCUUGUCCCAGCUGGGUCGGGUCGAGGAGGAGACCAAACGCUUGGCCUUGAUCAGAGAGGAGCUUGAAACCUUGUCUGAUCCUAUGAGGAAGGAAGUCGGGGUGGUUCGCAAGAAGAUCGAUGUGGUAAACAAGGAAUUGAAACCAUUGGGGCACAUUUGCCAGAAGAAGGAGAGAGAGUACAAGGAGGCACUCGAGGCUUUCAAUGAGAAGAACAAGGAGAAAGUACAGCUCAUCAACAAGUUGAUGGAGCUGGUGAGCGAGAGCGAGAAGAUGAGGCUGAAGAAGCUGGAGGAGCUGAGCAAGAGCGUAGAGUCUCUGCAAUGAGGGGCCGGCAAUCUUAGCUCGGAGAAGGAAAUCUCCAUCCAUGGCUGAUGAUGACAGAUAAAAAUUAGGUUCUGGUGUGAUUGUAUGUAAAAUUUGUUGAAAUUGUCUGCUUAAUCUUCAUAAUUUGAUGGGGUGUUUUCUCCUUUCUUCUUUUUGUGAUUUUUCCUAUUUUGGUUUUCAUGGGUUUGGUGUUAAUUUGUAGUGUCCUCUUUGGUUUCGUUUCAACUUAGCAUUUUGAUGUGUCAAUGGAACAUUAACUAAAGUUUAGGAUGGGGACAUGUUCCCAAAAAGAACACAGGAUUUGUAAAACUGAUAAUUGGGUCACACUCUCAA